AACGCCCACAUCCACCCGGACACCGCCUCCACCAACGUCAACACCAUGUCUGCCUACCCCGCGUACAUCAUGGGCACCCUCUGCAUCGUCGGCGGCAUCACCGGCUACGCGCGCUCGCACAGCAUCCCCUCUCUCGUCGCAGGCGCCGGUGUGGGAGCUCUCUACCUCUUCAGCGCGAACCAGAUCCGUACUGCGGCGCCCAAUGGACUGGAAUACGCGCUCGGUGCCUCUGCUAUCCUCCUCCUCUCCUCCCUCCCUCGUGUUGCCAAGGGCCCCGUCCCUGCCGUCCUCACCGCCACCUCCACUGCCACCAUCCUCUACUACGGCAAAAAGGUCUACGAUAUCCGUUCAUGAUGUGCAUGUACGAUAGCUAUACCCUUACAUGGUGGAAAGAGGGCUGGACGUCUGUACGAAGUAUUGUAUGAUAUGCUGUGCUGUGUUACUGCUGCUGCUGUCGAGUUGCUGCAUCUUGUGUAAUCCCUGCGCUGUGAUGUAUACAACGAAUAUUCUUGGCUUCGCAAGCAUUGUGCGAAUUGGGAAGUGGCGCUUCCGUGAUACUCAUAUCU